AUGACUGAUUUUACUGAUGAGCUGUCCAAAGAUAUAGAAAAUGCAUCAUACCACUGUGAUAUCUGUGGAAAGUCCUUUUCUCAAAAAGGUCAGCUCAGAGUUCACAAACGUAUUCAUACAGGAGAGAAGCUAUAUCACUGUAUUAUCUGUGGUAAAUCAUUCUCUGUAGGAUGUAGUAAAUCAUUCUCUUGCAAAAACAGCUUAACUACUCACAAAUACAUUCAUACAGGAGAGAAACCAUUUCCCUGUGACAUUUGUGGUACAUCAUUCUCUCAAAGAGGACACUUAACUACCCACAAACGCAUCCAUACUGGAGAGAAACCAUAUGGUUGUGGUAUAUGCGGUAAAUCAUUCUCUCAAAAUGGUGAUUUAACUAAACACAAACGUAUUCAUGCAGUUGAGAAGCCAUAUGACUGUGAUGUCUGUGGUAAAUCAUUCUCUCAAAAUGACCAGCUAACAGCACACAAGCGCAUUCAUACAGGUGAGAGGUCAUGUAACUGUGAUAUCUGUGGUAAAUCAUUCUCACAGACUCAUCACCUAACAGCACACAAGCGCGUUCAUACAGGGGAGAGGCCAUAUACUUGUGACAUCUGUGGUAAAUCAUUCUCUCAAAACGACCACCUAACCAAACACAAACGCAUUCAUACGGGAGAUAAGCCGUACAACUGUGGUGUCUGCGGUAAAUCAUUCUCGCAAAGCCCUCAUCUAACCAAACACAAGCGAAUUCAUACUGGAGAGAAACCAUAUCAAUGUGAUGUCUGUGGUAAAUCGUUCACUCAAAAUCAUGAUUUGACUAAACACAAGCGAAUUCAUACCGGAGAGAAGCCUUAUAAUUGCGAUAUCUGUAACAAAUCAUUCUCUCAUACAGCCAGCUUGACUACACAUAGACGCAUUCAUACAGGAGAGAAGCCAUAUCAUUGUGAUAUCUGUGGUAAAUCCUUCUCUGUACGAAUUAACCUAACCAGACACAAAUACAUUCACACUGGAGGGAAAUCAUGUCACAAAGCGUCCAGAAGUUCUAAAGUUUGAACAUUGAAGUAGUGCUUGCAUAAAUAUAAUUGCACGUUUCCUAUCAAGCUUGCUUGCUGUGCUGUCCUGGGUGAGCAUUUCUGGAAUUAAUUUGCUUCUGACUGAUAUGAAAAUGGCAAAUGAAGAAACACCCAGAUAAAUUUGUAGCACAUAGACAUAUGCAUGUGUUUUGUGAAUGUGAACAUUAGAAAAUCGACAGAAUGAAAUGUUAAGGUGGCGAGCUGGCAGAAACGUUAGCACGCCGGGCAAAAUGCUUAGCGGUAUUUCAUCUGCCGCUGUGUUCUGAGUUCAAAUUCCGCCGAGGUUGACUUUGC